AGUAUUUAGCAGUUUAAAAUAAAAUAUAUAUUACUAUCUCUAAUAAAAGUCCUGUACAUCGGGUAAUUAUGAACUAUUCAGUUCUGUACAUUCGCUUCAUUAUAAUUUUAUCGUUAUGGCAUACAUGUUGUUCUGCCGCCAUACAAUUAAAUAAUCUGAUAAUUCAAUCUCAAUAUAACUCUAAUAAUUUUCAAUAUAAGGGGAUAGCAAUUGGUGGAUGGCUUUUAUUAGAACCAUAUAUUACUCCUUCGUUAUUUUUAGCAUUUAAUUCUACUAUAAAUGAAACUGAAUCUGAUAUUCCAGUUGAUGAAUAUCAUUAUUGUAAAUAUUUGGGUCAAGAAGAAGCAAGUGCACGUUUAACUCAACAUUGGGAAACGUUUUAUACAGAAGAUGAUUUUGCUCAAAUAAAAGAUUAUGGUUUAAAUAUGGUUAGAAUACCAAUUGGUUAUUGGGCAUUUCAAAAAUUAGAUGAUGAUCCAUAUGUAAUGGGGGCACAAGAUUAUCUCGAUAAAGCAUUAGGUUGGGCAAAAAAUAAUGAUUUAAAAGUUUGGAUAGAUUUACAUGGUACACCAGGUUCUCAAAAUGGAUUUGAUAAUUCUGGAUUUAGAGAUAUUGGUUAUCCUGGUUGGUUUAAUGAAACAGAAUAUCUUAAUGUUACUUAUCAAGUAUUGAAUCAAAUUUAUGAAAAAUAUGGUACAGGAGAAUUUGCUGAACAAUAUAAUGAUACUAUUUUAGGUAUAGAAGUAGUCAAUGAACCUUAUACUCCUAGUUUAUCAAUGAAGAAAUUACUUCUGUUUUAUCAACAAACUUAUGUUGAUGCAAGAAAUAUUCAAACCUUGAAUAAUACUAUAGUUAUUCAAGAUGGAUUUCAACCGAUUGGAUAUUAUAAUUACUUUAUGAAUGAUGGACAAAUAUUUAUAAAUUCCAACAAUAGCAAUAGUAAUAGUAAUAGUAAUGGAACUGGAACUAACCUUUACAAUAUACUUAUAGAUCAUCAUCAUUAUGAAGUAUUUGGAUCAGUUGUUGAUUCUAAUAUUACUCAACAUUUACUGAAUAUUAAGAAUUUUGCCCAAUCAAUUGAACAUGAAUUAUCAAGUCAUCCUGCAGUCGUAGGAGAAUGGUCAGCAGCAUUAACUGACUGUACCCCUUGGUUAAAUGGAGUAGGAUUAGGGGCAAGAUAUGCUGGUGAACCUCCUUAUAAUAUGACUAAAAUAGGUAGUUGUUCAAAUAUUAAUAAUUUUUCAAAAUGGUCAAAACAACAAAAGAAAAAUACUAGAAAAUUUAUAGAAAUGCAAAUUGAUCAAUAUAAUAGAUAUACCAAUGGAUGGAUAUUUUGGUGUUUUAAAACAGAGACUAGUAUUGAAUGGGACUUUCAAAAAUUGGUAGAAUUAGAAUUAAUGCCACAACCUUUAGAUAAUUUUACCUACAUAGAUAAUGGAACCGAUACUGAUGCUCAAGCAAUGAAUGGGUCGUCACUACUUUCAAUAUCGUACAAGACUAUAAUACUUUCCUUGGUUAUUUCUUGGUUUAUAAUAUAAUAGAUUUAGAUAUACAUUCAAUUAGCUGCAAAAAAUCUCAAAUAAUGAAUAUUUCUUCUUUAUUUGUAGCAACAAUUAGCUUCAUAAAAAACCUUAAUUUACUUUCGCAAAGAAAGAAACACAAUUUAUUCAUUUUCAGUAAAUUUCUUGCAAAAUUGAUCAGUUUUUCCUCACUAGAAGGGUAUUUUAAAAUGACUAAAAUGUGAAUAAUUCAAAUAUUAACUCUAGUG